AUGACCCUUCCCACCGAAAUACUCCGCCUGAUUAUCCAGCAUCUUCUACCUCAAUUGCAUCUGCCAGAAUUGUUGCGUGCGAGAAAAGUGAACAGCUUAUUUGAUGAAGAAAUCAUUACUUUUCUCUUGAAUGGCAAGGACCUGGAGGAUUUAUUUACAUUCCUAACCAGGUCGGAUCUAGAUUCAUCGCCAUGGGGUACUUUCCCGGAUCGAUUGAAGCGGCUUUAUCUGUAUCGAAAGCUACGGGAGCAUCCGCAAAAGCAAUGUGCUUUUACGUGUUUUGUGCAGGAGGUGAUAGAGUAUCAGUUGGGGGAUGCUCCUGCAGAGGAGGAGAAGAUUAAAUUGACUGAGAGUUUGAUUGAUGUUGCAAUAGCGGGGAAAAACGAUCCAUCGACGAUGUUCCAUCCCCUACACUACGGGACGGGCUGGACCCAGAACAGAUAUGUCUACGAUUUGGAGUCAUUCCAAUGGAUGUCGCAGCACAAAGAGGGAACAGAGAGAUCGCAAAAACUAUGGUGGAGCAUGGAUGUUCCAUGUGGUACACCAUUAUCUAUAGCAUCCCCAUGA